GUCGACACGCUCACGAGAUGAACUCCACCCUCUGAAUCGGCCACCCUUCCUGUAAUACUUAUCUUUUUCUCUUCGGUUCGAAUCUCUUUAGGUAAAUCGAAAUCAAAAUGGCUGUCGGUAAAAACAAACGUCUAUCAAAAGGAAAGAAGGGUAUCAAGAAGAAAGUAGCUGACCCAUUUACCCGAAAAGACUGGUAUGAUGUCAAAGCCCCUUCAAUGUUUGAAAACCGCAACGCAGGCAAGACCUUCACCAACCGAUCCUCUGGAAUGAAGAACGCCAACGAUGCUCUCAAAGGCCGUAUCAUUGAACUCUCCCUCGCCGAUCUCAACAAGGAUGAGGAGCAAGCCUUCCGAAAAAUCAAGCUCCGUGUGGACGAGGUUCAGGGCAAGAACUGCUUGACCAACUUCCACGGUAUGGACUUCACCUCCGACAAGCUUCGAUCCCUCGUCCGAAAAUGGCAAACUCUCAUUGAGGCCCACAUGGACAUCCGAACAACCGAUGGUUACCUCAUCCGACUCUUCACCAUUGCCUUCACUAAACGUCGACCCAAUCAGAUCAAGAAGACCACUUACGCCAAGAGCUCUCAGAUCCGAGAAAUCCGACAGAAGAUGUUUGAGAUCAUCAGCCGGGAAUGUACUAGCUGUGACUUGAAGGAGCUUGUCAGCAAAUUUGUCCCUGAGGUUAUUGGUCGUGAAAUCGAGAAGGCUUGUCAAGGUAUCUACCCUCUCCAGAACGUUUACGUUCGCAAGGCCAAGAUCCUCAAAGCGCCUAAAUACGACCAAAACAAAUUAUUCGAGCUCCACGGCGAGUCUGGAUCUGAUGAGGCUGGCAAGAAGGUUGUCGGUGAAUUCAAGGAGCCAGCACCUUUAGCUUCAGUUUAAGUGAUUGAUGCAAUGUCACUGCGAGCCCCUCUCGUAAUUUCGCGCCCUUGCGCACCCCAAAACCAUGCGUUCAAAUCGCGCUCUCUACCUGAUGUGUAUCGAGUACCUCAUCACAUAGAUUGUUUUCUUAUUAUGCUGCCAGUCUUUAUGAUUUGAUGUAUGCCCUAUCCUUCACAACCUUACUUGAUACAAUACCUAUUUGAGUUAGUCCCGAUGUCUCUGCUUGACUAGCACGCUAGCAUU